CAGCGGGGUGGGGGGGAGGACAGGAGGGGAGGAGGAGGGAGGGGGACCCCCGAGUCGCCCCCUCUCCUCCCCCCGGCCCCCCGCUCCAUCCUCCGCCACCGCCCGAGCAGCUGCGGGGCUGCCGCCGCCGCCUUUGCAGGCUGAGUCAUCACUAGAGAGUGGGAAGGGCAGCAGCAGCAGCAGCAGCAGCAGCAGCAGCAGCAGCAGCAGCAGCAGCAGCAGCAGCAAGGAAUCCAAGUUCUAAAACUGACCCUGCAAAGCAUCAUUUCUCCAAGUUGGGGGUUCAGAGGGGAGCCAUCAUGAGCGAUGUUACCAUUGUGAAAGAAGGUUGGGUUCAGAAGAGGGGAGAAUAUAUAAAAAAUUGGAGGCCAAGAUAUUUCCUUUUGAAGACAGACGGUUCAUUCAUAGGAUAUAAAGAAAAACCUCAAGAUGUGGACUUACCUUAUCCCCUCAACAACUUUUCAGUGGCAAAAUGCCAGUUAAUGAAAACAGAACGACCAAAGCCAAAUACAUUUAUUAUCAGAUGUCUUCAAUGGACCACUGUUAUAGAGAGAACAUUUCAUGUAGAUACUCCAGAGGAAAGAGAAGAGUGGACAGAAGCUAUCCAAGCUGUAGCAGACCGACUGCAGAGGCAAGAAGAAGAGAGGAUGAAUUGUAGUCCAACUUCACAAAUUGAUAACAUAGGGGAAGAAGAGAUGGAUGCAUCUACAACCCAUCAUAAAAGAAAGACAAUGAAUGACUUUGAUUAUUUGAAACUACUAGGUAAAGGCACUUUUGGGAAGGUUAUUUUAGUUCGAGAAAAGGCAAGUGGAAAAUAUUAUGCUAUGAAGAUUCUGAAGAAAGAAGUCAUUAUUGCAAAGGAUGAAGUGGCACACACUCUUACUGAGAGCAGAGUACUAAAGAACACCAGACAUCCAUUCUUAACAUCCUUGAAAUAUUCCUUCCAGACAAAAGACCGCCUGUGUUUUGUGAUGGAAUAUGUUAAUGGGGGAGAGCUGUUUUUCCAUUUGUCGAGAGAGCGGGUGUUCUCUGAGGACCGCACACGUUUCUAUGGUGCAGAAAUUGUCUCUGCUUUGGACUAUCUACAUUCUGGGAAGAUUGUGUACCGUGAUCUCAAGUUGGAGAAUUUGAUGCUGGAUAAAGAUGGCCAUAUAAAAAUUACAGAUUUUGGACUUUGCAAAGAAGGAAUCACAGAUGCAGCCACCAUGAAGACAUUCUGUGGCACACCAGAGUAUCUGGCACCAGAGGUAUUAGAAGAUAAUGACUAUGGCCGAGCAGUAGACUGGUGGGGCCUGGGUGUUGUCAUGUAUGAAAUGAUGUGUGGGAGGUUGCCUUUCUACAACCAGGAUCAUGAGAAACUCUUUGAACUAAUACUAAUGGAAGACAUUAAAUUUCCCCGAACACUCUCUUCAGAUGCAAAAUCAUUGCUUUCAGGGCUCUUGAUAAAGGAUCCCAAUAAACGCCUUGGUGGAGGACCAGAUGAUGCAAAAGAAAUCAUGAGGCAUAGUUUCUUUUCUGGAGUAAACUGGCAAGAUGUGUACGACAAAAAGCUUGUACCUCCUUUUAAGCCUCAAGUAACAUCUGAGACAGAUACCAGAUAUUUUGAUGAAGAAUUUACAGCUCAAACUAUUACAAUAACACCACCUGAAAAAUAUGAUGAAGAUGGCAUGGACUGCAUGGACAAUGAGCGGCGGCCACACUUCCCUCAGUUUUCCUACUCUGCAAGUGGACGAGAAUAAGUCUCUUUCAUUCUGUUUCUCCACUGUCAUCUUAGACUUUGUCACAGAGAAUGAUUCCUGGACAUCUCCACCAGUCCUCGCUCUUACAGAUAGCAGGGGCACUCUGACCUCCCUGACCAGCCAAGGGUCUUCACCCUCGCCACCUUUCACCCACAUGAAGACAUACACAGACACUCCAGUUUUUGUUUCUGCAUGAAAUUGUAUCUCAGUCUAAGGUCUCAUGCUGUUGCUGCUACUGUCUUACUAUUAUAGCAAUUUUCUGAAGUAAUUUUACAAUCUUUGGGAGUCAUGAGCCCAUUGUUCAUUUGUGCAUCAAUUGUCAUCUUUCAGUUUUUGUUUUUCCCUAGCAGUGAAGGCUAAAUGAGAUACACAGAUUCUAGGUACAUUUUUAACUUUCUAGAAGAUACAUCAAGAACUAAUUAGACUAAGAAGAUUUAGUUUAUAUUUCUGAACAAGCAAUUGUUGAAGGGUGGUGGUGUGUGUAUGUAAGCGUUUAGCACGCAUGUCUGAUCAGUGCAUAAAUUGCGUACUGCUGAUAUUUGGCUGAAAAUCCUUAGGAAGCAUGGAGAGGACUGAAGGGCUGAUGAGAUACACGAUUUUAAUUCUUGCUGGAUAUUGUGGAGGAAGCCCAGUGUCAUCAUGGACGCUCAGACUUCAUGGGCAAAUGGGUACCAAGCAUUGCAGGCGCAGUCACCUAGAGGGUCUUAGGAUCUACGUUGUACCAGAGAGUAUUUUCCCCCUGGGCUUGGCAACCUUUUUCCCUUCUUGAUAUUUAUCACUUCUGAUGGCUGAAGAAUGUAGACAGUAUAAUGAUCCUGCUGUCGCCAAAAUCUAUACACCAAGGUGAACAGGUGUUUGCCUUAUCAGUUUUAAAGUUUUACUUUCAGUUAUAGGUGAAUUAGCUUUUCCUCAGAUGUUAAAACUUUGAAUGUCCUUUUAUGAUUUUGUUUAUAUUACAGUAGUAUUUAUUUUUUAGUGAUAAGAAUUGUAUUGUCAUGUUAGCAAACGCAGCUCCAACUCACAGGACAUUGACUGUGGUUUCUUUUGAACCGUGCAAGGAAUGUACACACCCAUUAGAAUCAUGCACUUUUUCUCCUUUGUACAAAAAAUUGGUAAGGCUCUGGAAUUAUAUUUGUUGGUUAGAAUCUGGCUAUGGGAGAAGAGAUGCUGUAAUUUAACCCCUUGGUGCCGAAAUGAGAAAAUCUCCAACUACCCACUGCCAAGGGGUUGGUGGAGCAAAUGGAUGUUAAUGAUUGCUCACUUGAGUGGAUGUGGGAGUAUGGCCUGGCAUAAGGUAAUGGAGAAAGCUGAGACCCAAAUGAUGAUAAGAAAUGAACUUUACUUGGCAAAAUGAACACAUCACAAAUAUUUACACGGUAGGUAGCAAUGGAUAAGAAGCUGGUGUGUUUAUUCUUAUCAAGGUACAUUCAUUACUGAAUCAAGCCAUCAGGGAAAACAACAAAACAAAACACCUCUAGCUUUUCUUUUUCUGUACAUACUCAUGUCUCCCAAUCCCAAACAUUUCUCACUGAGAGGGGACAUGUAUGCAAACCUCAUCUUUCUCCUUCAUUAAUGAUGAUCUUCAGAUUAAACCCUUUGGUGCUAGGAGCUGACAUUUUUCCAAAGCAGACUAUGGAGUGCAAGGAUCAAAGCCUAUCUUGCAGCAAGCAGGAGGGCAUCUGCUCCAGGAGUGUUCAUGGAGAUGUAUUCUAGUUAUUGACAGCUCCCAAAUGGAAGACUACAGCGUGACAUAGUAGUGUUACUGCAUUGUCUUUUUGAGUAGGAAGUCAUGUUCUCAUGCACAUGUCUUAGCCUCAGCCUCUAGGCUCAGACUUGGGGAAGCAGAGCCGCUGCUGGCAGUGGCUAGCCGCUGGGACUGCUGGGUGUAAAGGGCAUUUACUUAGGCAGCUAAGAUGGAUUCAGACAUAGAUUUUGUCCCAAUUUUUCAUGUUUCUACCUGAGUGAGUUUAUCCUUAGUAUGGAGUAGGAAGUUAAACAGAUGUUCAUUCUUACAUCUGUAGUCUUUUUUCCUACUUAGAAUUAUGUUGAAUGUUUCACAUUGGCAGGAAAGUAGAUUAGAUGGUAUGUCCUUUAAGUUAUCUUGCAUCCGUUCUGCAAGAAAGAAAUGUGAGAGGGAUGAAAGCAAGCUGAGCCUGGGUGAUGUUCAGAGCACUUACCCUUCAGAGGGAGCAGACACUGUACACUAAGCACACAGCUUCUUUUGUUCUGUCUCUCCUCCCAAGUCUUAAGGUGACUUCAUGACCUUGGCCAAGGGUACUUUCUAAAGAUUAAUGAGGGGGCACUAACAGUGCCUCAGGCUGGCCAUUCCUCACACCUGGCCUUUGGUCCCCAGCCAUUCAAGGUCUUUCUCUUCCCAUCCCAGGCUCCCUGAGUGUCACAGCAGGCGUGUUCUUGGCUUUGAUUUCAAGAAUUUUUUCCUUGCAACCCCAGAUGUCAGUUAAAUGGCAGAAGUAGAACAGAAAAGAGAGGUGUGUGGAGGAGAUUCCUAUAUCUAAGCUUACGAUUCAGGCAAUUGAAAUGGCUUGGAACCCAGAAUCAUUAUGUCUGAAUGCAGUUCUGGCUUUGUGAUUCCACCUCCUACCAACCCCAGCUUAACCUCUUGUCAUCACGCAGGGCUGUCUUGAAGGAAACUGGCCACUUCUGCUCAGAUUGCUGGCAGGGUUGCUCACAGUUUUGCUUUCUAUGCUGACAACAUAGCAUUACUCCAGUAUUGUUUCCAUUUCCCACGCCUGACUCUUCUCACGGGCCACAUGCUUCUCCAUCCCUCACUAACUGCAGGGUCUCUGCCACACCUCAGUGUACACACUUUGCUGCUACUGUCUGUACUGUCUACACCCCAGUUCCCUUAGCUUGCUCCUGGUAGUGCAUUACAGGCAAGCAUGAAAUGUAAAGUAUUUAUUUAAAUAAAAAGAAAACCUCUGAAUUGGUCAUUGAGUCACCUCCCUGUAGAUUUGUAGUUUGUGACAUUUUGACUUUCUAGUUCUGCUAGAUACAUGCAAGAUGUGGUCAUCUGAUUAAGGGUUUGGAGCAGGCACAGCUACCUAGAUGCUGUAUCAUUGUCACUGCUGGUCACACUACAGACGUUCGUUUUCUUACAUAUAUGACCCAUAGGGUAUGAAAUUACUACAAAAAACUGGCUUUGUACACUGUACACUCUUAGUAUCUCACAGGCAUCUUUUAGGGACAUACAUUACUUCCUUCAUACAGACAGAUUAAAUAAAGCCCUAUGUCAAUCUGCUACUUCUCUCUUUGUUGUUGUUGGAUAUGGCUCUGUAAUUUCAGAAAAUUAAAUUUUGUUCUUUCUGAAAAAAAAAAAGUUUAUAGCCCCAGCCGGUAUUAACCAACCCUGUAUGAAGGUGUGACAGGAAAAUAGGUAAAUUCAUCUUAGAGUGAAACCACAUACGGGGUUAUUUUUAUGAAAGCAAAAUGCCAAUAGCAUGCUCUUACAAACUGAUGAAGGGCUAGAAGAGGAGUCCCUGACGACAGCACUAGGUUUCAAGACACAUCUACUAGGAUGCCAGAGACAGAAUAUGUUGCAGACCAAUCUCAAAGGUCUUAAUAAGAAACGGUGUGGACCCAGACUUCUCAAGGAAUGUAGCUUAUCACUAAUGUCUUCCUGAUAACACUGCUCAAGACACUUCCUUUGCAAGUGUAUCAUCUUUAACCCUUAUGGCAGUUUGUAACUUAGACAUGAGUAACCGAUGGCCAGCAUGUCUCAAUUACAUUGAAUAAUUUUGGAUGGGGCGUGUUUCUGAUUUUACCUCAUAAGCUAUAAUCGUAGAACUUGGCUUUGUUCUUUGUCCAACAGAGAGAGGCAUGACUUUUGAGACCAGUUUGUCAGACAUGCAUGUGUAUUUCUCACAGCGAAAUUUGGGGACAUUUUUACAUGUGCUGUCCUCAAAAUCAACUGGGGUUGACAGAUCCAGGAGGCUGAAAUAAAGUGACCUCUAUAACUCUCUAAAGGUGCUAUUUUUAGAAUAUUGUAUAAUUUAUUCAUGGUAUACAUAAAAUAGAAGUGAGGACAGUUAAAAUAUAUGACAGUUUUAUGUCUAGCAUAUUUGAUGCAACCAGAAACUUAGACUCAGAAGUUGUGUUUGAGGCUUGCACCUUUGACAUGCCCCAGAGACGAGGAUGGCCCAUGUACUGUCAUGCCACCACCUCCAUGGCCUAAGCUGCAUGACUGUGAGGGCGGGCUGAGCAUGUGGGAGCCAGGCCUCUGCUGACGGGCUGCUGGCUGGGGAAGGAGGAAGCUGGGCUUGUCCCACAUGCAGCCUUCUUUGCCCUAGUGUUUCACCCCACCCUCAAACACCACGACCGUCUCAGCAUCCUGCUUUCUUUGUUCUGUUUUGUUUCCGUGGUGCUGGGAAAGGAACCCAGGGCCUCAUAUGUUGGGCAAAUGUUCUACCACUGAGCUACCCCUGACCUUCCAGUGUCCAUUUGUAUUCUUUUAAAGCAUUUGAGGGCUUGACUGUAUAGUAGAAAUACUAUUUUAGACUAAAAAUAUGAUCUGUGUACAGAUAUUUGAUAUACUGUUAAGUAAAUUUUCUAAUUUCACAUACAUUUGUUUUUAGGCUCCUCUCAAAUACUGCUAUUGAAGACUAAAAUCUGACACCAUCGAGCCAAAGAUGCCUUUUUUGGGGGAGGGGGGGCUGUUUUGUGUUGUUCAGAGAAUGGAAAAGAAUAAUGCAGAGUGCUUCCUGAGCGCAGACAGGUAUACAUAGUCUUCAUAUCACUAAAGGGAAGAACAGUGGAUGGCAGCAGGAGAGGUGGUCUUCAGUACACUUUGGCUAACUUAAAACAUGUGCCUUUGGUGUGUUAUUUGUCACUGCUACAAAAUGAAAAGGAAACUGAACAGUUCACGUCUUAAGAGAGGUCAUUUUUAUUAAUCCCGUGCAUACUCUAGAGACAACAUAAAUCAGUGACUUGAAGCUGUUUUGAGCACACUCCAACUAGCCCGAGCCAGUUCAUGCUGAAGCACUCCCUGUCUGUAGCACAGGGACAGACCAUGGCAUGAUGACCAGCCCCCCUGCAGUCCCAGGUGGUGUCUCCCUGGGGAGGUUUCGGUGCACUGUGGCACAUUAAGUACAAAUCAGAUGAAUGUAAAUAUCUCUUUGUAAAUCAUUUAUUUCACUCUGUUUCAUCCAGGUCAGCAAUCAGACUGUGGCAUGCUGGGUAACUGGAAAAAAAAUGAUAAUAAAAAGUAAGUUUAAAUAGA